AUGGGUUGUUGUUUGACUAAAAAAACUAAACAUUCUAAAUAUGCUAAUGCAGGUUGUGAUGAAUAACCUGUCCCAAUUUAAUAACCUGAAGAAUCACAUUAUUAAGAUGUGUGUCAUGAUCUAAUUAUUCCUCCAAAAGAAUAAAAAAUUGAAAAAAUAGAAUAAGAAAAAUAGAUUACUUGGACAGAAGGAGAAAUGCUAGGAUAAGGUGCCUUUGGUAGAGUUGUCUUAGGAAUGAAUAGAAUUAGUGGAUAAAUAAUGGCAGUCAAAUAAGUGUUCAUCAAAAAUGGAGAUGAAAAUGUAAAAACUAUUAAUAUUUUCUUAUUAGAAAGUACAAUCUAUCCAAAGAGAAAUAGAAAUCUUGAGUAAAUUAUAACAUCCUCAUAUUGUCCGUUAUUAUGGUUCAGAAACAAAAAAAGAUUAAUUAAAUAUUUUUUUGGAGUAUGUAAGUGGUGGUUCUGUUCUAACAAUGAUCAAAAGAUUUGGUAAAUUUAAGGAGUCUUUGAUAAGAGUUUAUUUGAAGUAAAUUUUAUUAGGAUUACAUUUUUUACACUCCAAAGGAGUUAUUCAUAGAGACAUUAAAGGAGCAAAUAUAUUAAUUAAUUAAGAUGGAAAAGUGAAAUUGGCAGGUAUUUUAUUAUUAUUUAUAUUUUCUUAGAUUUUGGAAGUGGUAAAUAAUUAUCAGAAAUUAAACAUGAUAUCGUGGGUUCUCUUUGUGGGACUCCUAAUUUUAUGGCACCUGAAGUUAUAAAUUAGCAACAAUAUGGAAAGUAGAUUAAUUUUCUUAUUUAUUUAAUAUAGGAAAGCAGAUAUAUGGAGUCUUGGUUGCACAAUGAUUGAAAUGGCUACUGGACAUCCUCCAUUUUAUGAAAUAAAGAAUAUAUAUACAGUUAUGGUUAAAAUUAGUAAACUAACUGAAAUGAUUCCAAUACCAGAAGAAUUAAAAUCUGAACAUGCAAAAGAUUUUCUUAGAAGAUGUCUUUAAUUGAAUCCAGAGGAUAGAUGGGAAGCAGUGGAUUUACUUGAACAUCCAUUUCUAAUUUCAAAAGAAUAAAGAUACAGUGGUAUUAAUUCAGCAUAGGAAAAAAAGAAUGCUUUUAUCACUGAUGACCUAUUGUUUUAAUUACAUUCAGAACUUAUACCAAAAUAAAAUUAAAAGCUAUAGUUUUCAUUCUAAUUAGAUGAAGAAUCUUAAUCCUAAAAUGAUAAUUAAAAUGAAAUACAAGUUAUACCUCAAUAUUAAGAAUAAUAAGGCUAAGGUUCAUAGAGAGAAGAACCUAUUACAAACAUUAUUAAGAUAAAUAAUAAUAAUAAUAAUUUAUAAUCAGAACCAGAUUAAGAAGCUUAUAAAGUUAUUAUUGAAUAGAAUUUUGAUGAUCGAAUUGAUCUAUAAUAGUUUGAUUCUAAUUAAUCUUGUUAAAAAAAUAAAAAGUUAAUAAUAAAUCGACAAGGCUCAUUAAACUAAGCAUUAGAUGAUGUUAUAAAUGAAGUAUAUCAACAGUAACAAUCAAAAUCGCUUAAUCCUAUAAAAAACUGA